AUGUAUUUAAGUAUGAUCCUUCGUUUGAAUCAGGUUUGUGCAUCGAUUCUCAAAAUAAUUUUGAACCAUCAUCUUUUGAUUCACCAACUCUCAAUUUUCAUGUUGAAUCUAAUUACAACAAUAUAUAUUAAAAAUAAUAAUUUUAAUAUUUUAAAUGUUGUUACAGAAAAUACCACAGCUCCUAUCACCAACAACAAUGAUAUUUUGUUUCCUUCAACUUUACCUUUACCCACAAUAAUAAACUCACCAGCACAAUCAUUUGAAACCAGUACAACUUUAUUACCACCACCAGUGUUACCAACUCCAUUCUUUAUAGCAGAGUGCAACAUUUCACCACAAGAAAUAGAAAUAGGAUUGAAAUCGAUUUCAUCUCAACCAAAAUUUUUGUCGCCAAACCCUGAUUUUUGUAAAAGAUGGUUUGACAAUAGAAAUAGGUAUCUAUUGUUUGAUACAAAUACUUUAUAUUGUACCGAUAAACAUAGUUCAAGAAUCACUUUGAAUUCAUAUAGAUCGAUAAUAUCUGAAUCACUCAACCAAAAGAGAGAAUGUAGAAUGUUAGUCUCAUCAGAAUACAGCUAUGUUGGUCUUUAUGAUCAUAAAAUAGAUUAUGAUUCAAUUAAAGGUAUUGAUGAAAUCGAUCAAAACAUAGAAAAGGUUACAAUGAGCAGCGAGAUGUUCAAGAGAGAAUACUCAGAUAAACUAUUUACUCGACUUUAUGAUUUGAUUAGUAAAUCAAAUGUCAAUAGCUUGCUGGAGUGUCAUACUUUAAAGUAUGGAAUACCAAUGAAUAUCACCUCACUGGUCUUCCAUUCUACUUUUAAUGAACCGUUGUUCAAAGGUUGUUUUCCACCCAACUUGAAGAAAUUGAAAUUUAUUGGCGAUAUCAAAUAUUACCAACAUGGAUAUUUCAAUCAGGUGAUUGAAGUUGGUGUGUUACCUGAUACUUUAGAGAAGUUCGUGAUUUAUAAUCUCAAUCAAAUAUUGGAGCCUGGAGUAUUACCAACAUCAUUGAAGAUUUUUAAAAUCAUUCGUUCAGCACCUGAUAACUAUCUCAAAGUUGGAUCAUUACCACCAAAUCUAGAGGAAUUCUGUCAUAAUUAUGAUAGAAGAGAUGAUAUUAUUGAUUCAAACAUUCUACCAAAUUCAUUAAUCACACUCGAAAGUGUUCCUGUGUCAUGGAUGAAUUCAAUCAAACAACUCGAGAAUCUUAGAUCACUAAUGUUGGUAGGCAAUUCUGGUUGUUUAGAUCUCAGUGAUCUACCUCAAUCACUGACAAGACUGGACAUUUCAAGCUCAGUAAAGUUACAAUCAGCAUUACCCACUUCAAUCAGACAUCUGAAUCUGGGCAAUUCAAAAUAUGACAUCGAUGAAUUGUUCCCGGAUCGCACUCAAUAUCAUUUCGAAAGUCUGGAGCUACCGGGAUUCAAACAGGAAUCUCUUGAUGGCUUGGAUAUUAAGAGGUUGGCUCUCUAUAACUUUCCUUACUUCGAGAGAUCCGAAAAAGUAAGAGUCAUUCCAUUUGGUGUUGAAACACUUGAUGUUUCUAGACUAUGUAUCAAAUUCAAAUUCAAUCAGAAUUCACUUCCAUCAUCAUUGAAUACACUCGAUGUUUACCGCAUGAACAUUUUCAAACGCCCAGGUAUUAUUCCAAACUCUGUGAAUCAUCUUAUCAUUCGAGAGAAGGAUGCUAACAUUCAUAUAGCAGAAGGAGUUCUGCCAGAUUCUGUUCAAAACAUUAUAAUGCUAGAAGUUGCAUUUCCAACAAGUAAAAUGGUUGACAAUAUUUCUUUUGAAGAAUAUGAUUCUUCGGCUAUUUCAUUUAAAGAAGUACUUUGUUUUUCUUUAGAAUUAACGGUCAUCAUCAAGAGAGAAAAUAACAAAAGACUUUUAUGA